CCAAUCUAACGGUAUCUGCCGCGUUCCCAGGCAAGACGCGGACGAAGGACAAAUACCGCGUAGUCUACAGCGACCACCAGCGGCUGGAACUGGAGAAGGAAUUCCACUACAGCAGGUACAUCACAAUAAGACGAAAGGCUGAGCUAGCGCAGGCGUUGCAGCUCUCAGAACGCCAGGUAAAGAUCUGGUUCCAAAAUCGACGAGCUAAGGAACGCAAGACGAACAAGAAGAAAGACGAAAUCGUCUCGAAAAAUAUCGGCGAUCAGCACCAGCAGGUGGCGGUAGCGUCGCACGCACAAUUGCACACGCAACAUCAUCACCACUUGUAGUGAAACCGAGUUUUAUGCUCACGGUGGAAGGACGAGGUUUAAACGAUUCGUAUGAGACCUGAAAGAUAUUUGUAUAUUCAUCGCAAACGCAACGUUGACUCGUAUUAACUGAACUUCGGGGAGUGUGGCCAGCAAUUCUUCUGUGGCUAUAUUGAAUAUUCGCGGGUGUGGUGGCAUCACAGGUUUUUCUGUCAUUCGUGUAUUCGCAUGUUAGCGUAUUCCCUUCGAACCACUUUGCUCGACUGGCUUGUGAAACAA